GAAAGAUUGGACAUGGGAGACUUCUUCAGCAGCCAUUUCUAUGGCUUCAUAAGUCUGUACUCAGAGGCACUCCUGGUUUGAAGUUUCGCUCGCAUUUGUUGGUGGUGAACAUUUUGAGCCUGAAAGUUCACGUUACAGUGUGCUUAACUUCAAAUGUUCACGCUUAGAUGCAAGCGAUUGUAUUACCUCACAGAGAGUGCGCAUUAUCAAAUAAUUUAUGUCUAAAUUGAAUAACAUCUGAUCAACCUGAGUCCUGUCUGUCAGGUUUUGUAUGAAGGUCACUUGUCGGCUGUCAUCAUGUUCAUGUACAGUCCUAAAGCCUGUGACCAGCAGUUAUGCCUUGAAGCCUCGCCCACUGAGAAUCCAUCAUUCUUUUGCCAUUCACCACAUGCUCUUAUGUUAGAGGGAGUGCAGUCUGUUGUCACACAUUCUCUUCAGAGUAUUCUGCACUCAUUGGGAGGAAUUCAAAUGCUGCUGCCACUGUUUGGUCAGGUAGAUUUCCCGCAAGAAGGAACUGAAGAGACUAGUGAAGUUCCUGAAGUAGCAAAUUUAUGUACUGUUCUUUUGUCACUUCUGUCCGAUCUGCUGAGGAGUUCCUGUACAAGUCAGCAACAGAUGAUUCAAUGCCAAGGCUUUCUUGUCAUCAGUCAUGUUUUAGAAAUGGCUGUCUCCACUCAUCUGACAGAGGAUGCGUUGAAUAUUUUACUUUUCCUAGCAAGACAUCUUUUAAAAUCGACUGGAUCUGGAGCCCUGCUAGGAAGUCUUCUAGACCACAUUCUGUUUAAUCCAAACUUGUGGGUUAAAGCCUCGCCAAAGGUUCAACUUCAGUUAUUCAGUGUGUUCGCCACAGACCUGGCCACUGGCACAGGCUGCGCUGCUCACCUGCGCCAUGAUGUUGGGGUCAGCAGACUUAUGCACAUGCUCAAAACAUUUUACUGGCUUCACGAUGCCACUGAAUUGCAGCAAGACAGGCGAAUGUCAACUAAGGAAGAAAUCCUCUCUCUAAGGGCAUUUUUACUUCUUUUGGUAAAACAACUAGUUUUAAAGGAAAAAGGCAUUACAGAGGACGAAUUCAAAAGUAUUCUGUCCUAUCUUAUGAUAACAAAUGAGGAGGAGAAUCUACUGGAUGUGCUUCAACUGGUGCUGUCAAUCAUGACAGAGCAGCCGGACACUUGUAUUCCUAUCUUUGACAAAGUUGAUGGUCUGAGGGUUUUGUUUCGCUUCCUGGACAUGAAAGCUGAAGCGGUUCGUGUGUAUUCUUUAAAGAUCAUUGGAUGUUUUCUUCAGUAUUGCCCUGCUAAGAGAAAACAAGACUUACUGGAGCAUUACAGUCUGUUCUCGUUGGUUGGUGACAAGCUCAUGAAGCACUCUCUGACGCUCACCACAUACAAUGUUUUGUUUGAGAUCUUGGUUAGUCGAGUCUCCAAACAGGUAGUCAGCGGACACCACCCACAGCCGGACAACAGCUUUCUCUUACACAAUACAACCAUGGCGCCGGUCAUUGCUAAAAUGCUUCAAAAGAAUGAAGGGAAACAUUGCAACGCAGGAGUGAAGCUAACGCGACAGGGAAGCUUCAGAGAAGAACGAACCCCAGACGAAGAGAAGAUUGAUCUCAAGCGAAAAUUUCUUUCUGAUCUUGUACUGCUUCUUAAUCAUAACAAAAUAAACAGAAGUCUUAUCCUGCAGUUGUCCUGUUGGCAAGACUGGCUUUUCUCACUGGCUCACGUGGAACCAUCAAACGCAGAGGAAACCCGCACCACAGAUACUGUGUUUUGCCUGUUUCGCAUGCUGCUGCACCACGCCUUCCAGGAAGAACGAGAAGGCUGGAGGAUCUGGGUCGACACUUUGGCGAUUCUGCACGGCAAGGUGAGUGCAUAUGAAAAAGAAAAAGAGAAGAGCCAUCCUAAACAAGUUGAACUAAGUUCUGAAGAUGAAAAAACUAACCAAGAACAAGCUAAGUCCGGAGUUCAAACUCAGCCUAAUUCUGACAAGAAAUCUCCUGCAGCAAAGUCAGCAAGUAGUGAUAUAGACAGAAGGAAAUUUUUCCAGUCGUUACUGCAAAAUAAAAAUGGGCCUAAAGUAGAAGCAACUGUUCCUAACACCAUCCCUGAGGAAAGUGAAAGUGAGGCUAACUCCCCUAACUCCCCCACCCGUGGGGAAAUACCAGCCAGCAGCGAGGACUCCACUACUGCUGUGGAAACUAGUGUUAGGGUAGACGUCAUUCAUCGCGAAUGUAAUGGGAAUGAAGAUGAAAAGCUGGAGCAUGCCGAAGAAAGGUCCUCCAAGGUGGAAGACUCUCUCAGCGCUACUGGUGUUAGGUCCGACGUCAGAGGGGCUGAGGUAGCUGUGCAAUCGAUGGACCAAAAGGCUGAUUUACCCGACAAAGAGCCUAAUUCUGACUCCAGUGAACAUCAAAUCGAAGUAUCGAAUAUUUCUGAAAAUGACGUUAAGGUUGAAACGGAGACAGAUGAAAAGAUAAAUUCAGCAACUCUGUCUUCCACUGAAACUAAGUUAGCAGAGACUGAUCAAUCAGAGAACAGUGACAACUUGGUUGAUGGACAACCAGCCGAAAUGCCACCUGAAAAUGGAAAUAAAGAAAACGUGGAAAAUUUGUCCUCUAGUGAAAAGAUAAAUGGCGAAACCCCUGAAAACAAACAAACAACAAACGAUUCAACACUACCCGAGCAAGCAACUGAAAAUCAGGCCAGUUUUAAAGCAGGUGAAGACUUACUUAAUGAGAAAGACAAACCCAAAGAUGUUGACAAUAGUCUUACAAUUGCUUUGAAAAGUUCUUAUAUAGGAGCGCCGUGUGAAGCAAACGAGGAUGCGCAAUCUUCGAUUUGUAGUCGGGAAGAGAGCGUCGAUCCUUCGGAAAGUGUUGCUAAAAACGAAGAUAAAAGCUCGGCACAAUCCGAAGAAAACCGCCUUGAAAAUCAACCAAACGGAGAAUCAUUUCGUACUAGCGCAGAUGACAAACCCAUUCAGCCUGGCUCGCCGAGCAACGCCUCGCAGUCUGGGGCUGAGUGGAGCCCAGCCUCUCCCUCUUCUGCCGCAACCGCAGGCACAAGUGACGGCGACUCAAAAUCAACUUACAGAGCGUACGUGAAUAUUCCGGAGUACUUGUGGUCGCCGAUUCAUCAAAGAUUGUUGGGAGAUCUGCUGUUUGCUAUCGAGUCUGACGUGCAGGUUUGGAGGAGCCAUAAUCGCAAAACUGUCAUGGAUUUCGUCAAUGCAAAGGACAAUGGAACUUACCUGUGGAACCUGGCACAUUUUGUAUCAGUGUUGGCAGAUAAUGUCAUUUUCUGCUGCGGGGAUCUCCUGCCCCUGCUGUCCUCCGUCACGUCACGUGAUUACGGUCAAGAUGUCAUCGAGCCGUGUGGUGGGAUGACCCUGGAAACGAGUUUCUCCUUCCUGAAUCGCCUGAUGUCUCUCGUGGAUGUCAUAGUUUUCACCAGUUCCCUCGCGUUCAGUGGCGUGGAGACCAAUAGGAAUAUGAGUACGGGUGGCUUCUUGAGGCAGUGUCUGAGAUUAGUGUUCUGUUGCGCAGCCCGUAACCGCCUAGUGUGCCGACAGCGUAACAGGCCUAUUUUACCGCUGAUAACAAGUGGGAAACUGGGAAAGAAAGCAUUGAAGGAAGCCAGGCAAGCCAUCAAGACACUUAUAGCGUCUACAAAGCCGCCCAGCGAACAGGAUCUUGUCCAGAACAUUCCUGGUCACAUGACCACAGUGACUGACCCGGAGAAGUUGCUUCAGGAGAUGGAUGUGAACCGGCUGCGCGCUGUAGUGUACCGUGACUUUGAAGACAGUAGACAGGCGCAGUUCUUGGCCUUGACUGUGGUGUACUUUAUUGCUGUUAUGAUGGUCGCUAAGUACAGGGAUCUGCUCAAGUCUGAGGACUCCGAUGCGCGGGCGAGAUUUCACACAGUGCCUAGUCCAGUUCGUGCUAUGUCAGAAGGCGAAGUUCAAGGUUUGUCUGAUAACCGAUCUCGAGCAGCAAGUUGGGGUGGUCAGCGGAGUGCCUCUGCAGAAGUUGAAGACGAUGUAUUUUCCUGGGACGAGGAACUGUCCAUACCCAGUUUCCUGAAGAGCUCUGUAGAUUUCAGCCGUUUGAGCUUAUCAGAAAAACUGGAGAUUGGGUUCAAGUCGUCUGGGUCCCUUCUCAAGGAGGUGCUGCUUGACUUUAGCCCCUUUCUGAGCCGGGUUCUUAUUGGAAGUCACGGACAGGAGCUGGUGUUGGAGGGCCUUUCUUGUCAGAAGACCGAUUCUAUUGUAGAGAUGGUGAUGCUGUUGUGUUCACAAGAAUGGCAGAACUCCUUGCAGAGACACGGGGGCAUGGCUUUUAUGGAGCUCGUUAACGAAGGAAGACUUUUGUCACAUGCCAUGCGCGAACGCAUCGUCAUGACAACCAGCGAGGCCUUCGUAAUAGUGAACAAGCUUGACGAGAUCUCUCGUCAGAAACACAUGCAGUUUGUUGAGCUUUGCCGCUUGACUGAGGCCACGUACAACGAGAACGACAAAUUACAAGACCAGUUGCUUCUCGCCACGAAGAGGAGGGAUUUCUCAGUCGCCAGGAACGUCAUUCAAAAGGUACUUGAUAUAAUUACCAGUGAACAUGGCGCUUGGGCAGUGGAACAACAGCCUUCAAAUGUGCAGUUUUAUCGACUAGACAUGUGGGAAGACGACAGUCGACGGCGCAUGCGUUUCACCAAGAAUGAAUACGGUUCAAGUCAUCCAGAAGCGACGCUGUUGGAAGGAUUGGAAGGAGAAGACCUCAGCUUAGCAGCCGGCCCUCAACAUCUCAACUUCGCCACAAUUUCCUCCGCAAAAGCCGAAGAUUCUUACUCGCUGAACGAGGAAGAGAUUGCCGAAAUCAUCGUUGAAGAUCGAAGCCUGGGUCGGGAUGUUUCCGGUCACGUGGUGUUCACAGCCCCCUGCCAUCUGAUAGCACCAUGCGUGCUCGCUCCAGGCACUCUUACCGUGACCUCCGAGGCACUGUUUUUCACUGUGGACGAGGAAAAUACGGAAUAUCAGAAACUGGAUCCAAAGGUUCUGAUGUAUAUGGAUUGCCUGCAUGGUAAAUGGCCCUUGGACGCGAUAAAAGCCGUAUUUUCACGAAGAUUCCUGUUGCAGAAUUGCGCGGUUGAAGUGUACACUUCCGCCGGAACGUCUGUGAUGUUCAAGUUUGCUGAUCAGCAGACCGUGAGGAGAGUAGUGCGAGCUCUUCCUCCUGUUGGAGUCGGCACAUAUUAUGGGAUACCACAAACAAGGGCAGCGUCAUUGUACUCUCCUCGCCAGCUGUUCCAAAAAUCCACCAUGACGCAACGUUGGCAGAAAGGAGAAGUGUCCAAUUUUCAAUAUCUCAUGUUCCUCAACACCAUCGCCGGUCGAAGUUUCUGUGAUCUUAAUCAGUACCCAGUGUUUCCGUGGGUUUUGACCAACUACGAGUCUGACGCAUUGGAUCUGACGGAUCCUAAUAACUACAGAGAUCUGUCCAAGCCUAUCGGUGUUCUGAACCCUACAAGACAUGCGCAGUUUCUUGAACGCUACGCAUCCUGGGAUGAAAAUGACGACAUUCCACCGUUUCACUAUGGCACGCACUAUUCCACAUCCGGGUUCACACUAGCAUGGAUGAUUCGUGUGGAACCGUUUGCGACCCAGUUCCUGAAUCUCCAAGGCGGUAAAUUUGACCAUCCUGGUAGAACGUUCUGUUCUAUCAUCCGUUCUUGGAAAAAUUGUCAGCGAGACACGUCAGACGUCAAGGAACUUAUUCCAGAGCUGUACUAUCUUCCGGAGAUGUUUGUGAAUUCCAAUAAUUUUACGUUUGGUAUUGACGAUGAUGGUGUGGUCAUCGAUGACGUGGAGCUUCCCAAAUGGGCGUCAACACCGGAGGAGUUUGUCAUGCUACACAGAGCUGCUUUAGAAUCGAAACACGUGUCCGCCCAUCUACACGAAUGGGUGGAUCUCAUAUUUGGAUUUAAACAGAAAGGUCCUGAAGCAGAGAAGGCGACCAAUGUGUUUUUCCACUUGACUUAUGAAGGAAAUGUUGAUCUGGACUCCAUAGCCGACCCUGUCAUGAGAGAGGCUGUUGAACAACAGAUCAAAAGUUUUGGUCAAACGCCGUCACAGCUGUUACAUGAACCACAUGUUCCAAGAAUACCCCUGGAACAGAGUAACGAAGAAGGAGAGCCAUUUAAAAGUAUAUAUUUGACUUUCAAAGUUACGGGUGAUGUCCCGGUAACUCACGUGGCAGCUAACACGGACUCUACCGUCCCCUCCCCUGCUGUAGUAACCAUCAGUUGUAACCAGUGUUUCUCGGUCAACAAGUGGUUCACAUCAGCGGAUCCAAAGCAAAGUCUUCGAGGAGUUCAAGUUGAACAAGAUCCCUUAUUAGCUACAUCCGCUGGCCGACAGAAGCGGCAGCUCGGUGAGCCGCUGGACCAGUCAGUCACGCCGUGCGCCUGCUGUUUCGUGGUGACCGCUGACAACAAGUACAUCAUGGCUUGCGGCUACUGGGAUAACAGCUUCAAGUGUUUCUCGGCGGAUAGUGGCAAAUUGACACAAUGCGUGUUCGGCCACUGGGAUGUUGUAACGUGUUUGGCGUACUCCCGACACGCGGGUUUGACAGGAGGAGACGCGUUUGUCGUUUCUGGAUCACGUGACGCCACUGUGUUGGUUUGGCGCUGGAGCGAGCGGCUUCAGAGAGUUGCGGCAUCUGACCGCGCGGAGGGUGACAACCCUUCCCCACUGGCCAUACUUACUGGACACGAGCAGCCUGUUGUUUGUGUUGAUGUCAGCGCCUCCACGGGACUUGUGGUCAGCGGUUCGCAAGAGGGGCCCUGUCUCUUACACACCACAACAGGAAAUCUCUUGAGAACACUGCGUGGUCCGGGAGAGUGUGUCAGACCGAGGCUGUUGAAGCUGACGCGCGAUGGCCUGGUGCUAAUUAACUAUACAGAUGGGACAGGUCAUCUGGCGGUGUUUACCAUCAAUGGCCGGUUGUUAAGCGACAAAAGGCUUGAUGACCAGAUGCUGGCAUUGGCGCUCAACAAAGAUGGGAAUUUCUUUGUAUCCGGGGGGUUCAGUCGAUACUUGCGGGUAUGGCGGACACAUGACUUGUGCCUACUACACACCUAUCCGCCAUGUGAUGGCAGUAUUAGAGCUCUGGCUAUCUCCACUGAUCAGAGGUGUUUGGUGGCUGGACUGGCCUCGGGCAGUAUCUUAGCCAUCGCCGUGAACUUUCCAGGUCGUCUUUGACAUCAAUACAAGUCCUUCCUUUACAGAGAAUUUUGUCACAGAUGUCACUGAGAGAUAUCGAAUUCUUAUGGUUCAAGACUGAAGACUAAAAGUUUCAAUUGUAAGCUGCAAUGGACAGUCUCGAUUGUGUAAAAUGGUUACAAUUCUACAAUUAAAUCAAGUUUUGAUUUGACAGCAACAUACCCUUUAUUGUUUCAAAACCGACGUUUCUUAGCGUGGACCUACAGGCACGUUUGAUAUGGCGACUUUUCUACAAUUAAAAACAUCCCUGUUAGUCUACACAGGGGGUUGAAAUCGCCGCGGCAACGACUCACAAAUCGCAGGUGUAAACGCGCCGUCGGGAACUGGAUUUUUGGGGUCAUUCCGACAACAAGAAGCAAUCGCAAUGCAGAACGUGGAGCAUUCCAAUUUCAGCCAAUCAAUGUGGAGUACAAUUCAGUACCAGUGGCUUUUUCCCGCCUUGCUUCCGGUUUCUUCCCGGUUGUGUGUUGCCUUCUAAAUUCUCCAACGACAAUCCAUGAGAACUAGUUGUAUAAACUCUUUAUUUUAAAGGACAACCACACAGACAGUUGAUAAGGACCGUGUUUGUAUUUAUUAAUUCAAUGGACUUUUGCAUUACGAUAAAACAACUAGUAAUGGUUACAUUUUCUAGCCGAGAGAUUGUACAAAAUCAAUAGAACUGAUUCCAUUCCGAUAGGGUUGUUCUCCACCAAUUUUUGGGUGAUCUCAAAUUGCUAGUGAAAAUUAACUUUUGUUGUACGGGUUUGGUAAAAUCACUUAGUAUCAACAAAAAAUUCUUCUUACAUUACUAUUUGGGAGAUUACAAUAAGGUGGUCAAUUCUUUCAGUGUCCCGACCUAUAAGCUAGAUUACGUGUUGAUCUUAUAAUGACAAAUAAGAGGCUGAUUACGAUUGAGGCUUAAAUUUAGGUGGGUGUAAUUUUUCGGGACAUUUUUUACGACGGUAGUAAAUUGUAGAUGUACUCAAAUUACAAAGUGCAACAUAAUUUUCCUUAGGAUAACAAAUUGGUGUUGAAAAUUGGUAGGAUUAAUUUAAGCUUGUGGAAUUGAAACGGCUGUAGUGUUUAUUGAUCAAGUUCAGGAAUAUAAUAUUUGAAUGUUAUUGUAAUAAAGUUGCCUGCUGGGUAAAACACAGCUGGCACCAUGAGCACCUCUUUAAAUAGCUAGUAUAUAAACAGUCGGCAAGCUAUGAAAUGUUAUAAAUUAAGAUAGCACUGUAAAACGAAGUAAAGAUAAAAGGAAAGUUUGA